AUGGAGACGAAGACGGAGAUCGAAUUCACUAAGAAGCCCUACGUCCAAGAUGUUGGUCCUCUCAAAAUACAAAGCAUAAACUUCUCAAUGCUGUCUGAUAUUGAAGUCAUGAAAGCUGCUGAGGUUCAGGUCUGGAAGAAUAUGUAUUAUGAGACCAAUUUUAAACCCAUUGAAGGCGGCUUGUUGGAUCCUCGAAUGGGACCUCCUAACAAAAGGUCUACAUGCGCAACAUGUCAUGGCAACUUCCAGAACUGUCCUGGACACUAUGGCUAUCUGAAGCUUGAUCUUCCGGUUUACAACGUUGGGUUCUUCAAUUUUAUCCUUGACAUUUUGAAGUGCAUUUGUAAGAGCUGUGCUAACAUGCUUAUUGAUGAGAAGUUGUAUGAAGAUCACUUGAAGAAGAUGCGGAAUCCUAAAACGGAGCCAUUGAGGAAGACUGAAUUGGCUAAAGCUGUUGUCAAGAAGUGCAGUCUUAUGGCUAGCCAGAAAGCUAUUACAUGCCAAAAAUGUGGAUACCUGAAUGGCAUGGUAAAGAAGGUUGCGGCGCAGUUGGGUAUAGGCAUCAGUCAUGACCGAUCUAAAAUCCAUGGUGGAGAGAUUGAUGAAUGUAAAUCUGCAAUAUCCCACACAAAAGAGUCUGUUGGAGGAAUAAAUCCUCUUACCUAUGUUCUUGAUCCCAACGUGGUGCUUGGACUUUUUAAAAGAAUGAGUGACAAGGACUGUGAACUCCUUUAUAUUGCUCAUAGACCUGAGAGUCUUAUCACAACGUGCAUGCUCGUGCCACCUUUAUCAAUCCGACCGUCUGUUAUGAUUGGUGGUACACAAAGUAAUGAAAACGACAUAACAGAGAGAUUAAAGAAAAUCAUACAAGACAAUGCUUCUCUUCACAAAAUUUUAAGUCAACCUACCACAUCUCCCAAAAACAUGCAAGUAUGGGAUACAGUUCAAAGCGAGGUUGCUCAAUACAUUAAUAGUGAAGUCCGAGGUGUCCAGGUCAUGCCAAACACCAAGCCACUGAGUGGACUCCUUCAGCGUCUCAAAGGAAAACAGGGACGUUUCCGUGCAAACUUGUCAGGGAAGCGUGUCGAGUUCACUGGUAGAACUGUUAUUUCACCUGAUCCCAAUUUGAAAAUUACACAGGUGGGAAUUCCUAUCCUUAUGGCCCGGAUCUUAACUUUUCCUGAAUGUGUUUCCCGACAUAAUAUUGACAAGUUGAAGCAAUGCGUCCGUAAUGGCCCUAAUAAGUACCCUGGUGCUAGAAGUGUCAGAUUUCCAGAUGGUUCUUCAAGGUACUGUUUGUUACUUCUUGGUUGA